CUAUUAUUAGCAGGUAAAUAUGGCGGUGACCGUGAUCAUACGGGUUUAAAGGGAAACAAGUAAUUUUUAUAUUUUACAACUUAGCUUUUCAUUAUAAAUUGGCUAAAAACUAGAACAACAUGGGAAAUGCUGACACAAAGUUGAACUUCCGAAAAGCGGUAGUUCAAUUAACAUCGAAGACGCAGGUGAUCGACGCCUCAGAUGAUAAUUUCUGGGAUCAGUUUUGGUCUGAAAAUGUAACCAAUGUACAAGAUAUAUUUACCUUAAUCCCUGCGCCUGAAAUUCGUAUAUUGAGAGAAGAAGCACCUUCUAAUUUAGCCACAUUGUGUUAUAAAGCAGUGGAGAAAUUAGUGAAGGCUGUUGAUAACAGCUGUAGAACACAGAGAGAACAACAAACUGUUUUAAAUUGUUGUCGCUUGUUGACGAGAUUGUUACCUUAUAUUUUUGAGGAUCCUGAUUGGAAAGGAUUCUUUUGGUCUGGUCUACCUGGGAAUGAAGAAGAGGAGAGUGUGCCAUUGGCUCAUUCUUUACUUAAUGCUCUCUGCGAUUUGCUGUUUUGUCCUGAUUUUACAGUAGCUGCGAACAGAAAAUCAGGCCCUGAUAAAGCUGAGGAAUUGCAAUCUAUAGAUAGUUGUGAAUAUAUCUGGGAAGCAGGUGUAGGAUUCGCACAUUCGCCUCCUAGAUAUCCGCUCUUGGAUUCAAAUAGAACAGAAUUGUUGAAGCUGUUACUCACUUGCUUCAGUGAAACUAUGUAUAAUCCACCUAUGGAUCUUUCAAUUACACCAAACAGAUGGAUCCAACAUUUAACUAGUUCUGAGAAUAGACAUGCUUUGCCUAUGUUUACAUCGUUAUUAAAUACAGUCUGUGCAUAUGAUCCUGUCGGACUUGGAGUGCCAUAUAAUCACUUGUUGUUCACCGAUUCAUUAGAACCGCUGGUCGAUGUUGCACUGCAAAUCCUAAUAGUAACGCUAGAUCACGAUACAAGUGGCGGUGCUCCAUUGGAAGAAGGAAGCGUUGGAGAUAAUUUAUUCAUUAAUUAUUUAAGUCGUAUUCAUCGAGAUGAAGAUUUUCAAUUCGUACUAAAGGGAAUCACGAGAUUGUUAAAUAAUCCACUGUUGCAAACUUAUUUACCGAACUCGACUAAGAAAGUGCAUUUUCACCAAGAAUUAUUGGUGUUCUUCUGGAAGAUGUGUGACCACAAUAAAAAGUUUUUAUACUAUGUACUUAAAAAUUCGGACGUACUUGAAGUAUUGGUACCCAUAUUGUACCAUUUGAAUGACUCACGUGCAGAUCAAUCUCGUGUCGGAUUGAUGCAUAUCGGCGUGUUCAUUUUACUUUUAUUAAGCGGGGAACGGAACUUCGGCGUUAGAUUGAAUAAGCCGUAUACAGCUACAGUACCCAUGGACAUUCCUGUUUUCACAGGUACGCACGCCGAUUUGUUAGUUACCGUUUUUCACAAGAUAAUCACAACCGGACACCAAAGACUGCAGCCAUUAUUCGACUGUUUAUUAACGAUACUGGUGAACGUAUCCCCAUACCUUAAAACCUUGUCAAUGGUGGCCAGUACUAAACUUUUGCACUUACUCGAAGCAUUCAGUACCCCGUGGUUCUUAUUUUCGGCACCUACUAACCAUCAUUUAGUAUUCUUCCUGUUGGAAAUUUUUAACAACAUCAUACAGUAUCAGUUUGAUGGAAACAGUAAUUUAGUUUAUACCAUAAUACGCAAAAGACAAGUGUUUCACGCGCUGGCAAACUUACCGAGCGACUGUAAUACGAUCGCCAAAUCUCUUAGCAAGAGGCAACGAAGACACGUGCCUGCUAGCACGUCUAACGAAAAUGUUAAUGAAGCAGCGAUGGAAGGUUCGCAUCCCGCACAGCCAGCAGAGCCUGGAACUUUGAAGGCGACUUUAUUAGAUACACCAGGUAUAGAGAAAAUGACUGAAAAAGAGUCCGCACAUCCGUUAAGUCCUUCGGUGAACGUCGAUGUAGGAAAAUCCAAUCCUCAGAACAAUGUGGCUGAUACAGAAGAUCUAAUGAAUUCCACUAAGAAUGUUAUACCAAAAGGAGGUAUCAGAGUCGCGGAACAUACGAGUUCGCCUAAUAAUGCGAACCAAUGGGUUCCAUCGAGCGAGUGGGUGUACCAAUGGAAAAGUAAACUUCCAUUGCAAACUAUUAUGCGACUACUCCAAGUACUCGUGCCUCAAGUUGAAAAAAUAUGCAUUGAUAAGGGCCUCACGGAUGAGAACGAAAUUCUGAAAUUUUUACAACACGGCACAUUGGUCGGUCUGCUACCUGUACCGCAUCCUAUUCUUAUCAGAAGAUAUCAAGCGAACGCGGGGACCACGGCUUGGUUCAGGACGUAUAUGUGGGGUGUCAUAUAUUUGAGAAACGUCGAACCACCGAUCUGGUAUGAUACGGACGUAAAAUUAUUUGAAAUUCAAAGAGUUUAAAAGCGAUAUGUAUUUAUCGCGUGAAUUGUUAGCUUUAGUAUUGGAAUUUCUAUACUAUCUAAAAUAUCGUCACCAUUAAUACAAAAAAAGAAAUCUCGAUAUAUACUUAUAAGUUGCACCAACUGAUAUAAGGGAGCUCUUUACUACUUUCUUAAGUAACGAAUGGAAUUUUUACAAGUAUACCCUUUCGUACACGUCUAUUACACAGAGUUACAGAACUUGUUUUACAAUACAUGAGAUAAAGUUUGUUUUUGUAACAGUUAUCGUCGUAUGUAAUUCUUAUGUUUAUGUUUAUCUUAUGUUUAUGUUUAUACAUACAGAAGUAGCACUUUUCGUUGUAGGACAAAAUUUCGAUGUUCUAAGAUUUUUCCGUUGCUUGUAAAAUAUUUCUGACUGUGCAAGUGCCUUCACAGAUAUGAAUGACAAAUCAUUAGAUCAAGUGUAUAUUUUUGUUUAAUCAAAGUAUAUCUGGCUAUUACAGGUAUAUUUUUACUAUUUCAGUUUUUCUUGAAUUUGUUGUUAUACA